UUAAUAUAAAUGUAUAACACAUUUUAGAAAGAAAAAAACGAAGCAUGCUUUUGUAUCUUCUGGUUAAAAUGAUGAAAAAUUGAAGAUAAGCUUUAUAGACUUGUAAUUUACAUACGCCUUUGACGAAGAAUUUUUGGGUGCUCAUGUAACAUCUAGAAUGCAUGUUGUGUGUUCCCAUAGUCAAGAGCACUCUAUUGAGCUUGCCUAUUUAUUUUAUGUCUAUGACCCAUUUUUGGAGUUUUAUCCUUCAAUAGUAAAUUUUAUUUUCCUCCUAAGGAAACCUUCGAGGAAAUAUACUUGAAAACCUUUUGAGAUCAUUAAAUUUUGCGAUUUUGGAACAAAAAUGUAUCAUGUUUUAGAACGUGCUUUCCAAAAUCUAAUUCGUUCGGGUGUUAGCAUUUUGUGGUAACACUUUGGUUUUAUGGAUUUUGUAUAGAGCUUAUUUCCAUUGAUUUUUUAAUUGGGGUGCAUUCUGCACAUAGUGCAUUCCUAUUGUCUCUGUUGGUUUGCAAUAAUUAAAAUGCAGGAGGAGGAUUCAAGUAAUUUGAUUACCAUCAAUUAUUCUAAAUACAUUGAUCCUUCUCUAAACCAAAUUUCUCUCUUUUUAUUCAAUGUUCUAGUUCAUCAUUGAUGGAUUACUCUCAAUUUUAUAUUAAUUGGUCAAUUGGAAAGAAGAUGAAUUGGAUUAUAUCUCUUCUUUGCCAGACAUUUGAUUUAAGCAGUUCAGAAGCUGUGGACUUUCUAGAUACAUUUCUAUCCAUGAAUCCAGAUUCCAGCUUACAGGUUAAAAUCCACGCUUUUUUCAGGGUUCUGAGAUGGAAGGCUUGUGAUCUUUCUGAAAAGGAGUUUUUGGUGAAUAUUUCUGAAAAGAUAUUUGGAGUCCUUGAUGUGGAGAAAAAGGGUAAAAUAACAUUCAAGCAGUUCCUAUAUGGGUCAGCUCAUGUCCUACAGCAACCAUUAUUCAGAUGAGCCUGUGAAUUAGCCUUUGCUGAGUGUCAUACUGUUGGAAACCAUUACAUUUCUGAGCAAGAAGUAUGUCUCAUACUCUUUUCCUUGGUAUUCCCUUAUAUUUAUUAUACUU